AUGGCUCUGGGACGGUUCUUUACUGCGGCCGUGGCCUUUGCGGCUACUGUUGCUGCGCUGCCUGUUGGUUUCCAUAUUGAGGAGCCAGACGUCAUCACCACCAUUACUCUUACCACCGCUGCUACAUACACUCAAACCAUCGCUCGUGCCACGUCUACUCCCACUGGCACCGAAAACGGCGGCGGUUAUACUCCUCCCAGUCUCCCAUCCGGUCCCAAGAACGGCAGCUCCGGCCUCCCUGGCAUCUCGUACGCCCCCUAUCGUCGCGAUCAUCAGUGCAAGACCAAGGAUCAGGUCAAGAAUGAUAUCGACCGUCUUGGAGGUUCUUACUCGCUCAUCCGUAUCUACGGCACCGACUGUGACCAGGUGCCCGUCGUCUACUCUUGCGCCAAGGAGAACAACAUGAAGGUGUUCCUCGGCAUCUGGGACCUCGACUCUGUUCAAGAGGAGGCCCAGAAGAUUAUUGACGGCGUCGACGGCGACUGGUCCAUAGUUAGCACCAUCAGCGUUGGAAACGAGCUCGUCAACAAGGGCGAGGCUAGCCCGGAGAAGGUCCUCGGCGCCGUUAAGCAGGCCCGUCAGAUCCUCCGUGCCGCCGGAUACGAAGGCCCUGUUGUCACCGUCGAUACCUUUGUUGCUGCCGGUGCGAACCCCGAGCUCUGCGCUGAGAGUGACUACUGCGCUAUCAACGCCCACGCCUUCUUCGACCCUACCAUCUCUGCGGACGAGGCUGGUGUCUGGCUCUCCAAGACCAUCGACGACCUCAAGGCCAAGCUGCCCAAGGACCAGAGGAUCGUCGUCUGCGAGAGUGGCUGGCCCGUCAAGGGUAAAGCCAAUGGACUGGCUGUCCCCGGUCUGGCCGAGCAGAAGCUGGCCAUUUCGGCCAUAGAAGAGGCCUUUGCCGGCCACAUGGAGGACCUUAUUCUCUUCUCUGCCUUCAACGACCCCUGGAAGAAGGAGGAGGCCUGGUCCUUCAACGCGGAGCCAUACUGGGGCAUCGACGGCGCUGUUUCGUCGUCCGACUAG